GCCGCCGCCCACAUGCACGCGGGAGGGGUCGACCGAGCAGGCGGUGGACCGUCUCCACUUGGAAAGAAGUCCUGCGCCCCUCUCAGCUGUCACCACAUCCAACAACGUCAACCUUGUAGAAGUGGAACGUCGGGCACCGAGUCUCCGGGCCGCUGGAGCGCGUGGGGGCGCGAAGCGGGGUCCCCGCCCGGCGGCCGUUCCACGCCGAGCCCACCAGUCUCCGCGGAGUUGGUGCACCCGGCCGAGGCGCGGAAAGAUGGGAAAUUCCACCCAAGACUGAAAUCAAAAUAUCCAGAGCUUGGGGAUAUCUAUGUUAAGAAAAACUCUCCAGGUGAUUGUGGCAAUAUGAAUCAAUUGGUGUUGUCCGGCGCGGUGCCACAUCGGAGCCUGAGGAUUACCUUAGAGAUGCUGCGUGGGGGGAGGUGUGAAAACACACCAGUUCACAGCAAGUCUAUUGUGAAAAGGCUGCAAGGACCACUCAUUUCAUGGUUCUGGGCAGAUUCGGAAAAUCACCAAGCUACAACAUUGCCCCUUCCUUACAGAAGCACAGUUAAAGAAAUCUGUAGCGGCUGCUCUUCUUCCCCAAAGCUGCUGCCAUGGAAACUACCACUUCACUUCUAAGCAAAGAUUAAAGCCAAACCCUGAUGCAAGAAGUCCUGUGAUGAAAACCAAAUGUUCAUCAGCUACCCAGAAUCAACUUUGAAUUCUUCUGAGCAAAGGGGAAAGAAUUUAAAACUAAGGAUUGAAGAAUUUUGCUAGACCAAUCAUUUAUGGUUGUUUGUUUGUGUGUGGGUACUCUGCCUGCUUGAAGGGAGGGUUUCUUCUAGCUGCAAGUUGGAAUUUUCUAGCAGAAGGCUGGAAAGAAUGAUGAUAGGGAAGGUAAUCUACACUGAAAUUUUUCUUGGUACUUAUUUUCCAAAAGAAACUUAAUUUCAGUGAAGGUUUUCUAGUUUCUCUACUUCUUCUUUAAAAAAUCUUAAUUCAGGUCUUUGAAACUUUUGUUAAAUGGAGAUAUACUUAACCCUUCAGUGUAGCUAUGAAGAUCAAGUAAAAUAAGUAUGUUUUAGACUAAUGUAAUAAUCAUGAUAAUAACAGUAAGAAUAAUUGUUAUGAGCUGAAUUGUAUUCCUCUCAAAAUUCAUAUUUUGAAGCCCCAAACCCCAUUGCCUUUGGAAUGUCUGUAUUUGAAGAUAAGGAUGGGGUAACUGGGUCAUGGGCAUUAAGGAGGGCACAUGAUGUGAUGACCACUGGGUGUUA